CGCUCACAAGUCACAACUCACAACACAGAAACAUAGUCAUACGUAGCUAUAUGCUAAACAGAAUAAAUAGGAACCUGUUUUUGUUUUUUCUUUUAAUUUUUUCCACUAAAAAUUCUAUAGCAUUAGGAACCUACCAUUAUUAGUUCCUUUUCCUGUUUCUUUUUCUUGGAUUAUAUAUAUUUUUAUUUUUAAUUUUUUCAAUGAGGUUUUUGUUGGACUUUGUUUAUUGCUGCGGCACUUCGAAUCUUAGAUCCGAGGAUUCUGGUUACUCUACGAAACCGUUGGUUCCGCCGCCGUCGCAGAAUUUUCGCCGCAAAAAGCGAGGGGCGCCGGAUUGGCGACCCUCGCUAGGAUCGAUUUCCGAGGACGGCGCGGCGGCUACGCGCGAGAUGGGAGGGCCGGGGGCUGGAAGGGAUGUUAGGAGGAGGAGUGGCGGUGGCGCCGCUGUGGCUCCGGCAGUGAGGGUUCAGCGGCGUUAUUACAGUGACGAUGGAGAUUAUGAUUACAGACGAAACACCAUGCCCACGAUUAUGCCAGCAUUCUCUCCAACGCCAUUCAUGUUCUGAUGGACAAUUCAUAAACAAUUGUAUCUAUUGUAUUGAGAAGUAUAUAUUGAUAUAUAUGGUCUAGGAGUAAAUAGCUAGAAACUAAAAAUGUUUAGAAAAAUGAUGUAUUUAUGAAUGGUUAUUGUAUGAUGUGAAUGAAAAUACGUUUUUAUGUAUAACACAAAAUGUUGUAUUCGUA